GCACACAAUGAUAAAUGUGAGGCAAAUUGUGACAGCAAAGAGGCUGCCGCGAUGACUUUCACUUUCAGUAUGAGGUGCGUUCAAAGACCAGCGACAAAACACUAUCGAGCGACUCAAUCAUGUCGGCGGUCCAACAAUUGUGACUCAUGAAUGGCAGUGAAGGUGAAUUGUACAUUCUGCCAUGUUGCGGAAGAGCAUUCGAAGACCCUGCGAAGUAAAUCCUUUUGGGGGGCAGAAGACAGUUAUUUUCAUUCGCUGUUGUGCGUGUCUGCACUGUUGCAAAACCAAAAACCAAAACAAGGGCACAAAUAGACAGACAACGAGGACAAUUAAGAUUUCGCGAGAGUUGAGACUAUUCGGUUUCGCCAGUGAGGGAAGUCUGUGUUCUGGUAAAAACGAAACCAAAAGCUGCUGUCAGAACUUGCAAAAUGGCGAGAGCGAGUUCAGCGCUUCGCCAAGCUCUUGCUGUGUUCGUGGCGCUGGCGGCGGACGCCUGCCUGCUUCACGCCGCGGCGGGCUUCUGGGUGUCGGCGUACGUGUUGGCGGCGCUCCGCUGUUGUUUGUCGCUCGCUUGCGUCUCCCUGCUUCACCUCGGGGAGCUCCCCCCGGCGCCGGCUCGCUUCCUCGCCGUGCACAGCGCGCUCCCCGCAGCCCUGGCGAGCAUCGGCGGCCACGCGGGCGGCGGCGCGCGCUGCUGGGCGAUGCGCGCCGGAGCCUCGCUGGCCGCGGCCUUGUUUUGGGAAGUCGCCGUGCAGUACUCGAGGGGCCGGAAAGAGAAGCAAUACAAGCGCAGAGUUUUGUUCGCGAGGGUGCUUCGCAUGUACGGACCGGACUGGCCUCUGCUGCUCGGGGGCUUCUUCUUCCUCACUCUGGCUGCAGUCAGUGAGAUCCAGAUCCAGUUUUACACGGGCAAGGUAAUUGACAACCUGCACGAUUUCAUGCCGGAGGAAUUCUUGUCAGCGCUGCUUCUCAUGGGCGUCUUCUCAGCGGCAAGCUCGGUGGGCGCAGGGAGUAGAGGGGGUCUCCUGAUGUGGGCCAUUAACUCCUUCACGUGCAGAGUGAAAGGAAAGCUCUUUCAAGCUCAGACCAAACAGGAAAUUGCAUUUUUCGACUCCACGAAGACAGGCGAGCUCACCUUCUUGCUGUCCAAAGACAUCCCCCAGAUGGGGGAAACGGUGUGUCUGAACAUCAACAUUCUGCUGAGGACCCUCAUCAAGACGCUGUACACCCUGGCCUUCAUGUUGAACCUUUCAUGGACGCUGACAUGUUUAGUCCUCAUGGAGCUCCCCGUCACCGGUCUCGUGGAGACCCUCUACAACACGCACCACCAGCAAUUGACGAACGCCACACACGACUCCACGACUGCGGCGAACGACACGGCCAAUGAGAUCAUCUCGGCUGUUCGGACGGUGCGCAGCUUCCGUGCGGAGAAGCGGGAGGCCCGUCGCUAUGACAACCGACUGCUGGACACGCACAGGCUCAAGAUCCGGCGGGACACGGUCAGGGUCGUGUCCCUUCUGGCACAAAGGCUGACAGGUUUGGCCAUUCAUGUGCUGAUGUUGUGGUAUGGAAGACUGUUCAUCCAGAAAGGCCAGAUGACCACCGGCGACCUGAUCUCCUUCAUCCUCUACCAGUCACACAUUGGAAACAGCAUCAGGACACUGAUCUACAUCAGCGGGAACAUGUUGACCUCGGUGGGCGCCGCUGGUAAAGUCUUUGAGGUUCUGGAUCGACAGCCUCGGAUCAGGACUGAUGGGGAACUCGCACCAGAUGGGCUAACUGGACACGUCAUCUUUUCCCACCUCAACUUCGCCUAUCCGGCACAUCCCAACGUAGCGGUGCUGCAGGACUUCUCUUUGGAGCUGCCGGCGGGUCAGAUGACAGCGCUGGUCGGUGUGUCUGGAGAGGGAAAAAGCACUUGUGCCAGUCUGCUGAAGCGCUUGUAUGAGCCGCAGGACGGACAAAUUCUGCUGGACGACACCAAGCUGGAAUCGUAUGACGACUGUUUUCUCAGCAAGAAGAUCUCAAUGGUCAGCCAAGAGCCGGUUCUCUUCUCCGGUUCCGUCAGGCACAACAUCGCCUACGGCCUUCGGGACUGCUCCUCGGAUGCCGUUCGGGAAGCGGCGCGCCAAGCCGAUGCCCACGACUUCAUCAUGCAGUUGGAGAGGGGCUACGACACCGAGGUUGGCGAGGGUGGCAAGCUCCUGUCCAAGAGCGAGCGGCAGCGCGUGGCCAUCGCUCGAGCGCUGGUCAGACGGCCGCGGGUUCUCAUCCUGGAUGAAGUCACCAGCUCCCUGGAUGAGCACAGUGAAAGCGAGGUCGUGAAGGAUCUGGCGAGGCACCCUGACCGAACCGUGCUGCUGAUCACGCACAGACUGAAGACCGUCGAGGAGGCCGACCAGAUCGCGGUGAUUGGCGGCGGUUGUGUUCAGGAGCGAGGGACCCACCGCCAGCUGAUGGACAGGAAGGGCAUCUACUGUAAAAUGAGAGAGAAGCACGCCACGGCGGGUAGCUGAUGUGUCGCCGGUCUUUGUUGGCCUCAACGCCAUCGGAAGCACUGACCUACAGUUCCAACACAAAUUCCAAUAUUUGCCCCGUCCAUUUAUUAACAGUCUAUUGUCUUCAUUUCUUUUGCGUUUCUCUUGGCGGCGCUGCUUCCAGUAAGUGCAAUGGGAUUUUCUUGCACAUCGCAGUUUCUGCGUGUUGCCACGUCAACCUAAUCUGCCCCAGGCUCCCAUAAUCAGUAGCGCUAGCCGAUGCAGUUGAAUCUAUAUUAGCAAUGGGUAGUGUUUAUUUAACCUGCCGGCUCACCCCCGACACGAGUGAGGAUAAGCGGUAGGGAAAAUGGAUGGGUGGAUGCAUUUUCAAAUUUGUCACUUGAUGACAUCGGCGUUUUUCCGUCCUCUUAUUGGUUGGUCAGAGCGAAAGCUGUUACAGCCAACUUUGACGAGCGGCAUCUCCAUUGAGUUUGAUAAAUAGAACUUUAUUUGCAUUGUUUCAUUUUUUCUUCCCGUUGUUAGAUAAAUAUUGAUUUAAAACUGAACUGUUGUAUUGCAUUUUUUUGUAUUGAUGGAUUCUACAAUGGUGGUAUUAAGAGAAUGGUUUUGUUUAGUCAUUUUAAUUGUGGUUUAUCAUUUUACUGUUUUGUUAUUUUCAUUUAUCCUGAUUUUUUUGGUUUUGUUUUGGUGGGAUUUUAUCUUGAUUUUAAGCUUCUCAUUUUAUGUUAUUUUCAGUUAUUACUUCUCUACCGUUGUAAAACACCAUGGAAUUGCCUUGACUUUUCAAGAUUAUGAUGAAUUAGCUUGACCAAUAAAAGAAAAG